AUCUCAAAUCACUUAUUCCUCUUCCAUCUUCAACAAAACUUACAACAGAACUAAGGAUGUCUUGCAGCUGUGGAUCAAGCUGCGGCUGCGGCUCAAACUGCAAUUGUGGCAAGAUGUACCCUGACUUAGAGGAGAAGAGCGGUGCCAUCGUGCAGGCCACCGCCGUCGUCCUCGGCAUCGGGCCCGCGAAGGUGCAGUUCGAGGAGGCCGCCGAGUCCGGUGAGGCCGCCCACGGCUGCAGCUGCGGCGCCAGCUGCAAGUGCAACCCUUGCAACUGCUAAGAUGCAAGCGGUCGAUGCGUCUGUGGUGAUUGUGCCGUGUGUCAUCGGGUAUGUGAAUAAUGAAACCGGCGCUGGCCGUCUUGUUAGUGUUGUGGUGUGAAUUGUGAAACUAUUGCUACCGCUUUGUGUUUGUGUGCGCGAGCCUAUGUGCGUGUGUCUUUGUAAUGGUCCAUCUGAACUGGGGUGAAUAUACAAAACAGGUUCGCGCAAAGUGUGAGUUAACCA